AUGAACACUCCAAUCAAACUGGUAUUAUUAUUAUUUAUCUUCUUAGCCGUAAUCGCAGCCACGACGGCUACACCAGCCAAACGCUCAAACUACCUUUUCACACCGCACGCAAAAGCAGUCGCGGGAAUAUGCACCGUUAUCCAAUCAAACACAAGUCUAUGCUGCAAAACCCUUAAACACGUUCCAACCAAUGACCCCAUCGAACUGAUCCGAGCGUUAGCGGUUGCGGCUGAAUCUUCCGUGAAAAAUAGUGUGGCUUUCCUCUCCAAGAUCGAACCAAAAUAUAAAUCAAACGCAACCGCAGCUGCGGCGAUCAGCAGCUGCGAGAAAAACUUGAAGUAUGCGUUGGAAGAUUUCACCGAGUAUUGGAAAGCUACGGGGAAAGAUGUAACGACGUUGGCUCAUAACUAUUUGACGUGUAAGAAGACGUUAAUAUCGAUCAUGGGGUAUCACUGGACUUGUUUGGACGAUAUUGAUGAUAAGAGUUUGUUGAAGGAAGUGGAGAAUGGGAUUGGAGUUGGGAAGAAGCUAAGCAGUGCUUCUUAUGAUGUGUUUAAUGGUUUGAAUACUAUUUUCAAGACUUUUGGUAUUAAGGUGAAGUUGAACGAGGAAGACACUUCGCCCCGACCACCACCAUUGUCGGCUUAUUACUACUGA